UCACAACCCACAACCCACCGGUGUAGGUCCAGUCUUUUGCCACCAUCCAAUUAAUCAGAUCAACAAACUCUGCUUCUCGAUUUGGUUUCCAUGCUCUCCCAUCAAAUCUCAACCUCACAACCGUCAUUCUUGACUUCUUUCUUUGUUAUUUCUGUUGCUAUAUAUUUAGUGGGCUCUCUUGAUUUCAUUCAAUAGGAGACACUUUCUCCCUUUCUCAAUGGUUUCUUCUUCCCUUUCGAUUUCAAGAAAUCAACUGGGUUUUAAUCGCUUCUUCAACUUUCCCAAAUCCCUGAAGUUUUCUUCGUCUUCAUCUUUUCUACUUCAGAAAAGUCUUUGACGCAUUUCUUCAAACAUCUUGAUGGCGACUAUGGGUUCUUUGGCAUUUGUGAACGACCACACUACGAUUGAGACCGCUGCUCUUUUGAAUAAUCAUCAUCGACCCAAGUUCCCUUUGUUUGCGUAUUAUCGACCAAGGAAAUCACUUCUUGAUAAGACAUUUGUGUGUAAUAAUAGUAAUGUUGCCGUUGGUGGCAGAGUAUGGAGGAUCAAAGCAACUGGAGAAAAGAGUUCUGGUGGAGAUGCCACCGGUGAUACGGAUGAGGCGCUACAAGCUGUGAUUCAGAAAUCUAAAAAGCUUUUAGCCAAACAGAGAGACCUGCUUCAACAGAUAGCUGAAAGAAGGGAUAUAAUUACAUCAAUAAAUAAUACCACAAUCAACUCUGAGAUAGAGGAAAUUUCUUCCAAAGAGGAAGAAUCUUUUCUCGAACUGGAUUCUAAUCUUCCUGAUGACAACUAUACGGCUGACAAUCCAUCUAGUAGCAGCGUUGAUCCAGUGAAAUACCCGUUACCAGAUAACCUGCAUUAUGAUGAAGAGGCAUCAGAAUCUGGAAUCAACUUGCCUCGUAAAGGUUAUUUGGAUGGAGAUUCUUGGUACAAGCUUCAAGGCACAACUUCAGAGAUAUCUACAACAAAUGAGUUGCCACCCUUCGUUUCUGAUAUCUCAACCACAUACAAGAAGUCGGAAGAUACAAAUGAAUCAACAUUUCACCAUGUGAAAGAUGUGGUGGAAAUUCCCAAAGAUGAUGAUGUAAAAUCCCCUCCUUUAGCUGGGGCCAAUGUGAUGAAUAUUAUAUUGGUUGCUUCAGAAUGUGCUCCCUGGUCUAAAACAGGUGGUCUUGGAGACGUUGCCGGGGCUUUACCAAAAGCUUUGGCUAAGCGUGGGCACAGAGUAAUGGUAGUGGCACCUCGCUAUGGUAGUUAUGCUGAUGUUCAAGGUACAGGAAUUAGGAAGAGGUAUAGGGUGAAUGGACAGGAUAUGGAGGUGAAUUACUUUCAAACGUAUAUAGAUGGUGUCGAUUUUGUCUUCAUUGAAAAUCCCAUGUUCCAGAACUUGGGGAAUAAUAUAUAUGGAGGAAAUCGCACUGAUAUCCUUCGACGCAUGGUUUUAUUCUGCAAAGCAGCUAUUGAGGUUCCAUGGCAUGUUCCGUGUGGAGGGCUCUGCUACGGAGAUGGAAAUUUGGUUUUCAUUGCUAAUGAUUGGCAUACUGCACUGUUGCCGGUUUACCUUAAAGCAUAUUAUCAUGAACAUGGAUUUAUGCGAUAUGCAAGAUCCGUCCUUGUGAUUCAUAACAUCGCUCAUCAGGGCCGUGGUCCUGUGGCUGAUUUUUCUUAUGUGGAUCUACCACCACAUUACUUGGAUCUUUUCAGAAUGUAUGAUCCUAUAGGCGGUGAACACUUCAACAUCUUUGCUGCAGGUCUUAAAACUGCUUACCGCAUUGUGACAGUGAGUCAUGGAUAUGCAUGGGAACUUAAAACGACCGAGGGUGGUCAGGGUCUACAUGGAAUAAUUAAAGAAAAUGAUUGGAAACUAAAGGGUAUUGUCAAUGGAAUCGAUAAAACAGAGUGGCAUCCCCAAGUGGAUGUUCACUUGACUUCAGAUGGUUAUACUAAUUACUCUUUAGAAACUCUUCAUACCGGCAAGCCACAGUGCAAGGCCGCACUUCAGAAAGAACUCGGCCUACCUGUUCGCCCUGAAGUUCCGUUAAUUGCUUUCAUUGGACGAUUAGAUAACCAAAAAGGUGUCGAUUUGAUAGCCAGAGCUGUUCCUUGGAUGGUGGCUCAGGAUGUGCAACUGGUCAUGCUGGGCACCGGUAAGCCCGAACUUGAACGGAUGCUUCGGGAAAUGGAGAGCGGGCACCGUGAAAAAGUGAGAGGAUGGGUUGGGUUUUCAGUCGAAAUGGCUCACCGUAUAACGGCUGGAGCCGACAUAUUGCUGAUGCCAUCAAGAUUCGAGCCAUGUGGGCUUAACCAACUGUAUGCGAUGUGUUACGGAACGGUACCAGUUGUACAUGCUGUGGGUGGUUUGAAAGAUACAGUUCAGCCAUUUGAUCCUUAUAACGAGUCGGGGUUAGGGUGGACGUUUGAGCGAGCGGAAACGAGCCAGCUGAUCGAUGCACUUCGGAACUGCUUGCUUACUUACCAUGAGUAUAAAGAGAGCUGGGAAGGGAUUCAGAGAAGAGGGAUGAUGCAGGAUUUGAGUUGGGAUAAUGCUGCUUAUCAGUAUGAGGAAGUUCUUGUGGCUGCUAAGUACCAAUGGUGAAGUUUCAGGCUAAUAGUAGUUGUACAUUUUGUAGCAGAGGCUUAUUUUGUGCUUUGACAACUUGUACCUCUGAUUUGAGGUUAAGUGUAGAGGAAUUGUAGUUAGACUAUACACAUUGCUUAAUAAAGUGUUUUGAUUGUUCCGUUAAAUGUUUUUUAAGUAAGAAUGAGUUUUGCU